AGUUCCGUUGGGUUCUCCGACCAGCUUGGAUACCACUGCUCGUGCUGUCUGCUACUGCUCAUCUCAAUCUGCUGUUAUUGCUGUUUCUACUACUGUUUUCAACCUACUACUGUCAUUGUUGCUGCAAUUGUUAUUGCGGCUCCUGUUGCUGCAGCUACUGCCGCUGCUGUUAUUGCGGCUCCUGUUGCUGCAGCUACUACCGCUUCUGUUAUUGCUUUACUGCUGCUGUUGAUGUUGCUGUAGCUGCUACCGCUGCUGUUAUUACUUUCACUGAUACUAUUGCUGUAGUUGCUGCUGCAGCUGUUAUUGUUUUUACUGCUGCUAUUUUUGUAGCUAUUACUGCUAUUGCUACCUCACCUGUUUCUGCUGUUUACUGCCAGUACUACUGUUUUUACUUCUACUGCUGGUGCUACUGCCAUUACUGCAGCAGCAGCUGCAGCUGCUGCUGCUGCUGCUACUGUUCCUGCUGCGCCUACAACACAUACACAAGAUCUGGGACCGCAGGACAGUGGAUACCGGAUGUAAUGAACGAUACCGUUGGGAAGCUAAUACCAGACGCUCACUCUGCGGCAGACAUCUGACUACCUCUUAAGGCAGAAUCAUUAGCAAGUUGGGAAUAUGAUGAAGUAACUGACAUUUCAGAGGAAAGUCAGCCACUUCAGCAGGCUUCAUACCAUAGUCUUGUACAGGGUGAGAGAGCAAUCUCCACUCAUCAUCUGAAAGUUUCUGAACAAAUCUCUGGGAGAGGAUCAACUUUUGUGGAACAUUCAUCAAAAGAGAUAUUAUCACACUCAAGUAACACUUCUCUUCCACAAAAGAAGGUAAUCAUGACAACACAAGAAAAUAAUGAACGUAACUUGGAACUGGAUGGAACAGUUGAGAGCAUUCAUUCAGCCUUUCAUGAGGGUCCCUUGGAGCCCCCUUCAGCUAGUGUUGAUGAGAAUGGUGGUAGUAGUAAUGAUGUGAGGAGAGAGGAAGGGGAGGGUGAAACUAUGGAUGGCUCAAUAGAAAAUGCUGAUGAGUUUCCUCCAGGACCCUCCCAUGCUCCCCCUCCCCCUCAUCUUGCUCCCACCUCCCCUCUUCAAGAUCAUCCCCGCUACCAUAGGGGGGCAUCUCAAGUUGAUGAAAUUGAUGACGACGGCAUGGGUGAAUUGGCCGAUUUAGGGGAAUUAGGUGGAAUGACAGGUCCAGGACAACCAAAGCCUCUUGCUCAUCCACCAGGAAUGCCAGGUAGAGGAGAUGAUGAUGAAGAAGACGAGGAUGAAGAUGAUGAUGACGAUGAUGGUCAGGCUCCACCCCCUGAGGGAGCCUAUGAUCCAGCUGACUAUGAGCAUCUCAGUGUCAGCUCUGAAAUUUCAGAAUUAUUUUCCUAUAUCACUCGUUACACACCUCAGGGCAUUGAAUUGGAGCACCGCCUCAGACCUUAUAUUCCUGACUACAUCCCUGCUGUGGGUGAUAUUGAUGCUUUCAUCAAGAUCCCACCACCAGAUAACAAGCCAACCCUUGUGGGUCUUGAAGUUUUAGAUGAGCCAAGUGCCCGCCAGAGUGAUGCAACCGUGUUAGAUCUUCAGCUCCGGGCCUUGGCAAAACACACAACUGCCAAAAGCACGUCAGUGAAAACAGUUGAAAAUGCAGAGAAGAAUGCAAAAGUUGUAGAGAAGUGGGUGAGGGAUAUAAGUGAACUGCACCGUACAAAACCUCCCCCAACUGUCCACUAUAGCAAGCGUAUGCCUGAUAUUGACUCUCUAAUGCAAGAAUGGCCUGGUGAAGUUGAAGAACUUUUAAAGGAAAUCAGCUUACCAACAGCUGCCUUACAGUUGGAUCUUUCUGCCUAUGUUGAUAUUAUUUGUGCUACCUUGGAUAUUCCAGUUUACAAGAGUAGAAUUCAGUCUUUACAUGUGCUGUUCACACUUUAUUCAGUUUUCAAAAAUUCAGCACACUUUAGACAGUUAGCUGAAGACAAUUACAUAGAAAAUGACGAAUCAACAGCUGAUCGUCUGGUGAUCCAGUAGUGUGUUUGCAAAUGUAACCUUGUUCAAAAUCUGAAUACCCAGUUGCAUUCCCAUUCUUGACAUUUGCAAUGCAUUUGCUAUUUUAAGCACCAAAUGCCACAGAAUUUUUUUUUAGGAAUAAACAGUAUUGUUAGUUCUGUUUUACUGAUGAACAUGUAAAAUGGAAAAAAUCAAUCCACUAUGCUGCACUAAAAGUAAGCUGUGAGUUACAUGGAUUGUAUUGUUGCUCAUGGAAGCUGCAUUUGUCUUUUUGUCACACUGACAACUGUAAGAACAAAUUCAUUACAUCAGUGAUGUGGAUCAAAAUUUCGAAACUGAAAACCCACUUGUACUACACUUUUUUUUAUAUAACUAGUUAUUCAGCACUAUGAUGCAAUUCAGGUUUAGCACACAAAAUGAACACAAUAUACACUAUGGGGAAGCUGUGAACUAGGCUUUCUCCCCCAGUUUCAGUAAUGUGUCAUAAUUCCACAUAAAUAUGUCUUUGAUAAUUUGAUCACACCACUGUGCUAACCCCUUUUAAAAAUUUCUACAUAUCUGGGACCAAUUUCAUGGGUGGUUCUACCUUCAUUUUGAAUCUUUAGUGCUAAACCUGUAGGGGUCAUUAUACACUUGGGGAAUGAGGCAUUUUGGUUUGAUCUAAGGAAGGAAAAGGCAAGUCCAGUUCCCUGGAUCAAGAGCACCUCACUGGCAUCAAGGCUUGAUGGACCUGCCUCUUACAGUCAACUAGAUGGAGAGUACAACUGAAAAAAAAAAUUACUAUAUCUUGAGAUAUCUAAAUAAAAGCUUUAUACUAUAUAGUAUAUUAAAAGCAACAUAAA